GCUGAGCUGGGUUGUUGUUUACAUCCCGUAGCCGCUCUUCGUACGGACAUCCCGUGCGCGAGGGGAGCGGCAAAAAUUCUCGCUUGAAAUUCUUCGUUACCCAGUGACCGUCGUUGCUGCCUAUCGUAUUUUCCCUAGUAUCAUCUGAUCAUUGAAUCUGCUCGGAACGACUAGUAUAAGAUAAAUAGGAUGAAGGUAACGGUAACCACGCUCAGCGACGACAUCUUCGUCCUGGAUGUCACGGAAGAUAUGGAGUUGGAAAGUUUUAAGGCUCUUUGUGAGAUCGAGAGCAACGUUCCAGUCCACGAGAUGGUGAUUGCUUUCAAUGGUCUACCAUUAAUGAACGACAAGGAAUCGCUGAAGGAUCACGGGAUCCAAGACGGUGACGUGGUGAUUUUGCAACACAUGCAUCAGAGCGGGGCUGAGUUGAACCUUCACCCCUUUAACGGAGCUAUUCCCAUGUUGGACUUCAGUUCUAUCAGAGUGCCAGGAGCAUCCAACAGUCGACAGUCAUCCGCUUCCAGUAGCAGUAUAGCCAGAAUACAAAAUCCUAAAAAUCCUAGAAAAGAAGAUGACCCAGAGAAAAUACGUGAUAUGUUCCUAGCAAAUCCAGGUCAGCUAGCAUUGCUUAGCCAGAAUAAUCCUAAACUGGCUAGCGCCUUACUUUCUGGAAGUCUUGAAAGAUUUACCACUGUACUCAGAAAACAAAUAAAAUUGCGAGAAGAACAUGAGGCACAGAGAUUGAAAAUGAUGAAUGCAGAUCCAUUUGAUGCAGAAGCACAGUUGUUUAUUGCUGAGGAUAUUAAACAGAAAAAUAUUGAAGCAAACAUGAAAGCUGCAAUGGAAUAUAAUCCAGAAACAUUUGGAUCAGUUGUUAUGUUAUAUAUUAAUUGUAAAGUCAAUGGAUUUCCAGUUAAAGCAUUUAUUGAUACAGGUGCACAAUCAACUAUAAUGUCCGAUGCAUGUGCCGAGAGAUGUCACAUGAUGCGAUUAGUCGAUACAAGGUGGGCUGGAAUAGCCCAUGGUGUUGGAACCCAACGCAUUAUUGGCCGUAUUCAUAUGGUACAAAUUCAAAUUGGAAACGAUCACUUAACGACGUCAUUUACUGUCCUCGCAGAACAAAGCAUGGAUAUGAUGCUUGGUCUUGAUAUGCUGAAAAGGCAUCAGUGCUGUAUAGAUUUAAAGAAAAACGUGCUCAAAAUUGGCACCACUGGUGCUGAAACACCAUUUUUAGCAGAAGGGGAGCUGCCUGAAUGGCUCAGGUUAAGCGGUUAUAGCGAUGCAAGUAUUUAUGACAUGGAAGAUGACGAUGAAGAUAAUAAAGAUGACAAAAAGAGUUCUCAAAGGGCACUAGAGGAUGGCUCCAGAGAUGCGAAAAAGCAACGUCGUCAACAGGAUGGCCUGGAAAGUAACAGUUCAAGCGGAACAUCGAGCAAAUCAGAAACCACAGUUCUCCCCCACGAUCCAUUUACAGAGGAGACUGUAAAAGAAAUUGAAUCUCUGGGAUUCAACAGAGUACAAGUUAUCGCAGAAUUACGUAAAUUUAAUGGAGACAAAACCCAAGCUACUGAUGCAUUGUUCACGAAAUCCUUGAGACAUUAAAGCAACAAGGGGAGGAAAAAAAAUUGUGAAGGUUUCCCUGUCUAUACAGUAAAGCUAAGGGCAAGGAAGUACUGUACUUGUUUUUUGGUAGUGAUUUUUCACACUGAUAAUUGUACAUUUUGAUGCACGGGAAACCACACAAUCAAAGCGACGCUCAAGCAAGCAUACUCGUUGUUCGACAAUUAGCAUGAAAUCGUGUUUUAGAUUCUAUUUCGUCGAGCAGCUAUAUAUAAGCGCCAUGUUUUAUUUCAGUGACGAAUGGCUACUUAUUAGAGCUAUGUUUCUCUCUAUUUUUUGCUAGGUUCACAGACAUUUAUAAGGUACACCGAACCUACUGAAGUCAACAUCUGAUAACCGAGCUUAUUAUCGUAACAUAUAUAAGUUUAGACAUCAGUAUAAAUUGGAUUCUAACGAAGUUCUAAGUUAGUGAAACAGCUUAUUGUUUUUCGUGAAGAUUAUGGAUUUACGAAAAUUCUACAACGUUUUUAGACAUUCUACGUCUAUUUUAUUAGAUUAGAUGAGAAAAAAUGAUAAACACUUAAAAGAAUAAUGUUUUAACUAAAAAGAUAUAUUGCACGAUUUCACGAACAUUUCGAGCUUCGCGACCAGAAAUUAGCUUGCGAUACCUUUAAGAAUUUAGU